CAGAAACCUUAUUAUUAGUGUAUUAUUUAUUUAUUUAGCUUAUUAACUAAAAUCCAUUCCAAUUACAAAUCGCAUACCUUCCCUCAAUCACAUCCAGCCGUCCAACGAUCAUUACAAAUACCCACGUGUCACCAUCUCAAUAAAGUCCAUAUUUUUUUAUUCAUUCCAAUAACCAAGCAGGAAAAACCAAGGAUCCCUUCAGACUGGUGGUUGCUCUGCUGUCUUCCUUCGGCGGAGAUUCUGGUUGUUGACAGCCAUUUUGCUCUCCGGAGUUUCCACAAUUUUAACCUAGAUAUUAUAAAUCAGGGUGAAAAAAAAAUUGAAAAUUCGAUUUCGGUUAGAUUGACCUAGUUUUCUUUAAUUCCUUAUUUUUAUUUGAUUGAUCGGGUCAUUAAGGUGUAGGAAUUUUGCCGCUUUUUUUCGAUUGAGUGUUUCAGUGUGAAAUGUCGGUUGCUGCUGGUGAUGAGGAGCAGGACGCGGUGUUGAGCGACGUCGAGGAGGAUGAUCCGGUGUCGAUUAAUAUACAGUCGCCGGCGCCGGAAGAUGUGUCCAUCGGUAAAGUUAGGGAACUCCUGGCGGAGCUCGAUCGAGAGCGGAAGGAGCGGGAGGCGGCUGAGAAGGCUAAAUCGGAAUUGCAAGUGUCGUUUAAUCGGCUUAAAGCUCUGGCACAUGAUGCUAUCAGGAAGCGGGAUGAGAGCUCCAAGCAGCGAGACGAAGCUUUGCGUGAGAAAGAAGAGGCUUUGAAGUCCGUUGAGAGAGUAUCGUCGGAAUUGACUGAAGCGGCCAAGGGCAAAGAUGAAAUGUUGAAGCAAUUGGAAGAGAUGACCCGAUCCAAGGAUUCGUCUAGGUCGGAAAUUGAGACUGCCGCUUCGAUGCUCGUGAGUGGGAUUGAAAAGAUAUCAGGAAAAGUGAGUAACUUCAAGAAUUUCAUGGCUGGUGGUUUGCCGAGGUCUCAGAAGUAUACAGGGUUACCUGCGGUGGCUUAUGGAGUUAUUAAGAGGACGAAUGAAAUUGUAGAAGAGCUUCUUAGACAGAUUGAGUUGACUACAAAGUCUAGGAAUGAGACUAGGGAAUUGAUGGAACAGAGAAAUUAUGAGAUUGCUAUUGAGGUUUCACAGCUUGAGGCCACCAUCAGUGGAUUGAGAGAGGAGGUCUCCAGGAAGAGUUUGGAAAUUGAGAAACUUGAGAAAUCAAUAGGUGAGAAUGAUGAGAAAUUGGGUGAAUGGCAAGAGAAGCAAAUGGCUCUGGAGAAUGAAGAGUUGGGUUUGAGGAACUUGAUCAGUGAGCAGGAUGAGAAGUUGAGAAGUAUGGAAACAAAGAUGAGUGUGCAAAGGUCGUUACUGAUUGAGCAGUUGAAUUAUGUGACCAAAGUACACCGCGAGAUAUCUAAUGUUGUGAAAGUAGUGGAUGCCAGUAAAUACUCGGAGUUAUCUGAAUCUAUGUUUAUGGCUAAAGAAACAGAUGCUGAGGAAAACAUUAAGGCAUCUUUGGCAGGAAUGGAGUCCAUAUAUGAGUUAAGUCAGUUUGUUGUUGAGAAAACUAGGGAGUUAAUAGAGGAGAGAAAUCGUGAAGUCAGAAGUAGAAAUGAAAUGGUUUCUCAAUUAGUAAAGGAGAAGGAACAAAUUGGAUCAUUGUUGAGAAGUGCUUUGUCAAGAAGAACUUCUGCGGAUCUGUCGUCCAAAACAAAUGAAUUGUUUAAAGUAGCUGAAAAUGGGCUAAAGGCAGCUGGCAUAGAUUACAAGUUCAGUAAUCAUCUUGGAGAGGGAAAAGUAAAUAAGGAGACCAUUUCUGUGGAUGCAGAAGAAGAUGAAGUGUACGCAUUGGCUGGUGCUCUGGAGAAUAUAAUAAAACAGUCUCAGGUUGAGAUCAUUGAACUGAAGCAUUCUUUGGAUGAUCUAAGGGCAGAGUCAAAUGCUCUGAAGCAGCAAGUGGAGACUCAAAAAGAGGAACUCAACCACUGGCGUCAGCGUGUGGAUGAGCUUGAAGAGAAGGAGAGAGUAGCUAAUGCAAAUGUUGAAGCGCUUAUGCUUGACAUCGCAGCUGCUGAAGAAGAAAUCACAAGGUGGAAGGUGGCUGCCCAGCAAGAAGCUGAUGCAGGAAAAGCUGUUGAAGAAGAUUACUCGAGACAGGUAAAAUGAAAUUCCUGGUCUCCUGAAACGAAGUUUCUUACACAUCACUUCCGCAUAUUUUAUCAUUCAAUGUAGCAUUUCCAGAAUUUGGUUUUACCUACAAGGUGGAAUAUAGCAAUUCUGCUCUCUGUUUGUGUGAUGCAUGCUUUCAGCCUUGACGUAUAGUCUCUGUAUCGAAUUUAGCAACCUGCUCUUUCUUUAUUAGAACUGAAGUUUUGGGCUUUCUACUGCUGCUUAGGAUCCAUGUAAAUAUUUGGUUGCUCCAUGUUGCUGGAGCCUAGAUGCUUUAACAUGUUAAAAGUAGGUGCUUUUAAGUAGCAAUAGUUUCUGAUUGUAAUUGCUUCCUAUCCUCUCUUGCUGCUGCUGCUGUUCACUCAUUUCCUUGUAGGUUCUAUCCCUCGAUUGAAUAACCCUAAAUGCAUGUGUUCAUAUCCUUCUGGGAUCUGAGAAUGUCACUCUAGAGAAUUAUUGCCUUGCGGAUAUGGUCUCACCUAAGCUCAUGAUAUUGAUCUUUCUGUUUCUGUGAUUGCUGGUAGCACAAACUCCAUUUAUUCUAUUUGAUUCCUCUUUCUUUGGCAGCUCUCGGUCGUACGGCAGGAACUGGAAGAGGCCAAGCAAGCUGUAAUUGAGGCCGAAAAGAAGCUCAAAUUCAAAGAAGAAACUGCAACAGCAGCCAUGGCUGCUAGAGAUGCGGCCGAGAAAUCCUUAAGAUUGGCAGAUAUAAGGGCGACUAGGCUUAGAGAGAGAACAGAAGAACUGACCCGUCAGCUCGAAGAGCUGGAUACUCGAGAACCUUCCCGAUCAGGCCUGUCAAGACCUAGAUAUAUGUGCUGGCCUUGGGAAUGGCUCGGCAUUGAUUUCAUCGGCUCCCAGCGUUUGGAACAGGCACGUCCGCAACAAAGGACCAACGAAAUGGAGCUCCUAUCUGAACCUCUACUUUGAUUCUUUCUUUUCCCCUUUUUAUUGAUUUUUUUUUUUUGUUUUACAAUUUUAUUUUGACACUUAAGGUCACCUGGGUUUUCCUUGCUUGCUGGGUGUACUUAUUAUAAUCGUCCCAAAUUAGAGCCGUCAGACAGGGGGGGUUGGUAGAUGGUAUAUAUAACAUUGUUGAUAUUCUUGUAGUGAGGUUAAAUAGUCUUUGAUUAACCUGUAAAAAAACACGCGAGGGGGUUUUUAGAUGGAGUGAUUUUCGUGUUGUGAAGUUUUUGGUUAUCCACAGAGAUUUGUUGCUUUGUUUUGUAAUCUCCCUAUAAAUCAUAGAAUGCUUUGACUCAAUACGUAGUUAAACAUCCUUUCGAGGUUGGAUUUGUGUUUCAAAUUUUGACGGAGUUAUAACGAUAUCGGCAUAUUAUGAACAUCAACUUUUGCAAGCUUGUAGAAAUCAAUCGGAUGAAUUGAAGCCUACCGCUAGCUAGAUGAAGAUUGCUGGUGUUUCAUCGUUUUUCCUGCUCCCUUGAACAAGUAAUACUCUUCCUCUGGGAUGGAUAAGAGUAUCUCAAACAAAGACUAAAAGAUUCAAAUUGAGUCGCGUAUGAAAAGCGUAAGUUUCAUAAGAACUUGAUUCUUUUUAGUGCUGAGUUCCUACAGUUUCCAAAGAAAAUUUAAAUUGAGUGGUUUCCGAAGAAAAGAAUCUAAUGUAAUAGUGUUU